CCUAAAAAAAUUACAUGCAAGGAACAAAUGUUCAAUUUCAAGGCAAAAAAAUGAUAUUAAUGAAAAACCACACAUUUUUUUAUUGCAUUUAAAUCUAGAUAUAACCUGAUGAAUUCGUCAUGUUCUUUCAAUGAGAAUAUAACUGUUUUUGUAUUAGGUGUGGUGUCCAAAGAAUAAAACUUUGGUAGAAAAAAAUGUCUUCUGAUGAACUUGAAAUUAAGAAACAAAAAUUAACAUGUGAUCAUUCAGUAGAUAGUAAAUCUAAAGAAACCAAACAAGAUAGUAUGGUUGAGUUGAAAUUUGAUGAACUUGAAAGAAUUCAACAACAGUUAAGUAGUUUCUGGAAGUAUGAACCCAUUAGAAAGAGUGUGGAUCUGAGAACCUUGAAUGUCCCAGUAAAGCAAAUUGUAGAGGUUUUGGAAAAAAAUGACCUAAAGUGUGAACGUAUUAAGAAAGCAGAACAAUCUCAAUCUGACCUCAUAUCAAGCGUUUAUGAAGGUGGCGCUAGAACUUGGGAAUGCACCUACGAUUUACUGAAUUAUAUAGAAAAUGAGAAAAUGUAUUUCCGUGAUAAAAAAGUCCUAGAUUUAGGAUGUGGUACAGGAUUGGUUGGAAUAAUGUGUUUAUCUAGGCGAGCUACAUGUCAUUUUCAAGAUUUUAAUGAUGAAGUUUUGAAAUACAUAACUUUUCCUAAUGUCAAGGAAAAUGUAUAUUAUUUUCCAGAAAACAAUUUCACCUCUUGUAAAUUCUUAUGUGGAGAUUGGAUUGUUUUUUCGAAUUUUUGGCUGGAAAAUUAUCCUAAAGAAAAGUUUGAUUAUAUUUUCACAAGCGAAACAAUUUACAAGGAAGACAAUUAUCACAAGCUGCAUUCUGUUUUUGAAGACUUAUUAAGUCCACAAGGCAAAAUUUAUUUAGCUGCCAAAACUUUUUAUUUUGGCCCUGGUGGGGGCCUCUACACUUUCCUUGAGUUUUUGAACAAUAGGAAAAAAUUUGAGUAUAAAUUAGUGUGGCAAUACAUCAACGGUUUAACAAGAGAGAUUUAUGAAAUAAAAUUUAAGUGAUGUUUUUUGAUAUUUCUUAAAGUUUAAUAAUUACCGUAUAUUUCUAA